GAGUUAGCAAAGAAAAUAAUACUUAGCUGGUAGAAUUGUUGAAUGUACUUUAAUGUUUAGCAUAUGUUAUAUUUCACUCAAUCAUUGAGGAAUUAAUGUAAAUAUGUAUUGAAAUUAUGGAAAUGAGAACCUCGCUUGAGGACUGAAAAGAGAAAAGAAAAAAAAACAUGACACCCGACAAAAGCAAAAUUGGCCUAAAUGCAAUUAGCAAGGCGCUCAUGUAGAAAAUAAUUUAUUCCUACCAGGUAUAAUUCCAUUUGAAAACAUGUCUUGCUAUAAACGACGUGUAUAAGCCGCCCGCUUCAUUACAUAAGUGCGCGUUUUGAAAAUUAGCUCUUCUGUUAUGUAAUACAUUACGUAGUAUAGAAUAGAAGGAUUAUUUCACAGCCUACAUUAAAUAUUUUGAGCGACAAAAAAAUUGCAAAUGCGAAUGAAACGGCCAUAACAUGUCAACACAUGCAUUGAUAAACCCACCGGUGUCAUAGGCACUCCUCCAUCUAGACGCCAUGGCUAACAUGAUCAUGCGUGUGCUUAUCAUCUUGGGCAUAUGGAUUUUACACUGCGAGAUAACAGAGUCAUUGAAUUGCACAGCUCAAGAUGCCGAGGAGAGAUUGGUUUCGUCACUUUACAAUGAGCUUCUUGAUGGAUACGACUCGAGAGUUCGACCAUGUGUUAAUGGUGAUGCCGUUCAUGUAUUCCUUGAUGUUUUUCUGGCAAGCUUGGAUGGCAUUGAUGAGAAACAUUUGGACUAUUCAAUCACAGCCACCAUCCACCAGCGGUGGCAUGACCCCCGCCUAACCUUCAAUGGAACUACGACCCUACCCCCAACGGCGUACCUGGUAGAUAGGGUGUGGCACCCCAACAUCGUCAUCGGUAACGCCAAAGAAGUUUUACUACACCACAUCUCAGAUACAAACCAGUACGUCACGGUUGACUGGGAUGGGAACGUCACGUUGGUACAAAGGUUAUCCGUAAAGUUAUCCUGCGCUAUGGAUUUUCAUCGUUUCCCAAUGGAUACUCAGAAGUGUAACAUGGAUCUCCAAAGCUUUGGUCUGACCACGAGUGACCUGGUCCUACUGUGGGGUGCCCAGAAGCUGGAAUUCCACAGUCAUCAUAUGCGACUGCCUCAGUAUUUCCUGAUUGGUGUAGAUUUCUUCGACUGUACUGAACAACGUUAUAAUGGAAUUUUCUCCUGCGUUCGAGCUCAGUUCACGCUGGAACGUACCCUGGGUUACUACAUGCUUCAAGCUUUCAUUCCUAGCAUCGCCCUGGUCAUGGUGUCAUGGGUCACUUUUUGGAUCGAUGUCCGAGCCUCUCCAGCCAGGGUCGGUCUCGGCGUUACCAUCAUCCUCUCCGUCAUCUCGAAGACCAACGGGGUCAGGCUCGACAUCCCGCCCGUGUCCUACCUCAAGGCGAUUGACGUAUGGUACACAUCGUGUCUUUUCUUCGUGAUCGGAGCCCUGCUCGAAUACGCUUUGGUUCACCAUCUUUCCCUGGGAACGAAAAAGACCAAACAGAAAGUUCUUGCAUUCAUACCAAAGCAGGGUUCAUCGAGUCAGGAGAGUGCGAUGGGGGUCAGCCAUGGUACCAUCGAGAGCAUCUCGGCACCAUGCCGAAUAAGUAGACAGCAUCAGGUUAUACGUCGAGAUGAAACAACAGGCGAAUUACGUACAACCGCAUCAGCGCCACCUCUCGACAAUAAACACCCACAACCAUUGCAGACGACGUCGCCAUCUGGAAGACAGGCGUCGGCGAUAGGGAGGGAAACCUCUCGCAUGCAAGGACAAGAAGUAUCAACAUGUUAUCACUGUAACUCGAUGCCAGGAGAAACACAUGUCAUUGAUUUGAUUAGCAGAUGGCUUUUCUCGAUUGGAUUCGCCAUUUUUAAUAUUUGCUUCUGGGCGUAUUAUCUGCCUACGAAUUAUACGCCCGAGUAUCUUACUGAUGACGAGAAAUUUGUAUCGCAUUCGGUGGGCAAUUUAUAGGUGUAAUGUUAGGUGUGUGGUGUGGUGUGGUGUGGUGGUGGUUAUUUUACCUGACUGCUAAGAAAGCAUAAAUGAUUGUAAGUAAGCAACCAGACGGUCGACGGCUUUAGGUCCUCUCCGAGGGACCUGGUAAUGAGACAUAUUGUCAUGCUUCUAAAUCAAGCUAUACGCUUAACGCCUCGAAAUUAUUCAGUCUGAUUAUAAAUCAUGUGCUUUGUUUUGGUGUGAUUGAAUUCAAUGACAACUACCGGAUUGUUUGUUAAAUAAUAAUUAAGCAAGUGAUGGGAGCUUUUUUUGCUCAGCAUACACUCUGAAUAGGAUGUAUUAAAUAUGAAUUGAACAUAAUAUGGUCUAUAGGAUGAAAUUCUUUCAGGAACUCCUUCGUUUUCGAGUAUUCUCGCAUGGAGCAUUAUUUCAAUGUGGCCUUAAUUAACCCAUCAUAAGACACUAUAUUAAACUGAUUGAAUAUCUUGCUCAUGAAAGUGUACCAACUAUAUAAUGUUACGUACCUCAUCGCAUGCCCACACAAAUCGUGUCUGUCCGUUGUUUAUUUAUCGUAAUUGAAUGUUGACUUUGAAUGGAGUUUUCUUAAGAUAAUAACUUACCGUAUUGAUAUCACCCAGAGAAUAGAUCUAGUACAAAUUAAAACAUGAAUAUUGUGGUCAGGAUCUAGCUGUCUUUAUGAGGGGCGGGUGGGGGCAGUUGCGGUAGAGGAGAUUGAUGGCCCAUUCCCGGCUCCAAAAAAACUUCAUUCCCCAAAAUGUAAUUCGAGAGGCAAAUUUAGAAAACGAACGCUUGUGCCUCACAGCCCCUCCCCGACAGAUAUUCAAGAACCUAUCCUGUUGUGUGUGGGGGGGGGGGGGGGUACCUGCAUGGGCGGCCUCUCGUGUAGCUGAUACAAUGCAAGUUAUCACACUGUUGGACUUCUAAAGGGGGGGGGGGGUAAUAAAUUAUUUCCAGCCCUUAUUUUUCAUUUCAAUAUACCCCUUCAAGUGCAAUUGAUCAUGGUCAUGAUAGGCCAAUGCAGGGACAUUAAAAAAAGAAAAUUUCUCGAGACGUUAAAAUACUUUCUCCAAUCGUACUAGACGUCCCGACAACCUUUUAAUAUUGGUCAUUAGAUUCGGUUAGAUUCGGAGUAUUCUUCUUGGACGUUUCCAGCACGUUUUUGAUAGCUUUAGUAGUAAAAUAGCUAUCAAAUCUGACGAUCACAUGCAAUAAAUAAUUAUCAGCAUGACUGUCUACAAUUAUACUAAUCAUAAGUAUAACGAUUGUAAAACAUUUACAUAAAAAACGUGUUUGAGUAAAGAGACAGAGAUCAAACAUCACCUAAUGUCAUAUUCAUACCAAUUAUGAAGUGCUCUUUAUUUGUUAAUAAAUGUAAAUGUGUUGAUCACAUCUCAUUACA